AUGACGAGAUCACCAUUGGAUCGAGCUAUCCGUAAGAUUUAUUGGCGUUAUCUCCCAAUAGGUUUAAUACUAUUUACUGCUCUAUGGAGUGAUCAAUCCUGUCUAUCGCUGGCUAAACUCAAGAUGGCGCAAGAUCUGUCAGCAUUUCGACACAGCAACAAUACUGAAACGAUUUUUGGUCUAAGUCAAGCAUUGUACUCUGUGGGUAUUUUAACUCUUCAAAUUCCAAGUAUUGCAGUCGUAGAAAAAUGGAGUGCUUAUAAAUGGUUUUCUCUCUUAUCGAUUGUACACGGUUUCAUAGCUAUACUGACAGCAUUUAUAACAGAGGUCUGGCAAAUAUAUUUGCAACGUUAUUGGCUACCCUUGAGAAACCGUGGAAUCGCACUCAGCAUUAUUUUUAUGGCAGUACCGAUUGCAUAUUCCAUUGGUCCAAAAAUUUCUUAUCUAUUCAUACGAAUGGGAACAACUGAAAAUGGAAUUCACUAUCCCACAUUAUUCAAUCUUAGAGGAUGGCAAUGGCUGUUUAUUGUGUGGGGUAUAAUAUCCAUUCUAUUGAGUAUUCCACUGUAUUACAUGUUUACAGAUCGACCGAGUGAAGCCACUUGGCUUACUAAGGAUGAACACGAUGCACUUCAUACUGAAUUAGCUGCUGAAACUAAAACAAGUGAAGCCUCUUCGACCAUAUGUCAGAAUCUUUGUCAUAUUGAAGUAUUAUUGUUAUGUAUUGCCCGAACUUUGAUGAUGAACGUCGAGUAUGGGUUUGAUUUUUUCAUACCGACGAUGUUAGAUGAUUGGUAUCAUCUGAGCGAUAAUACUCUGACUUGGUUAUUAACAAUACCAGGAUUCAUUACUAUCGUCUUGAUACCAUGUGUUGGUUGGUCAUCGGACUAUUUCAAUGAAAGAUUUUUUCACACAGUUAUACCUCUUCUUAUCACUAUCAUAGCACUUGCAAUCCUGAUAUUGGGACAGAAGUCACUAAUCAUCGCAACAGUCUCCUUCGUAAUAAUAUCAUCGAGCCUCAAAAGUUCUUAUUCACUAUGGUGGAUAUUAUGUACAUCGCUAACAACACAAGAAGUCAUUGCUUCAGAGUCCAUCGGUAUUAUUAGUGUGUUCGGUGACAUAGGCGAAAGUACUGGUCCAUUUUUUGUGGGUUUAUUCAAAGAUCAAACAGGUUCAUUUACGUCCAGUCUUAUUUUCUUAUUGAUAUCAGCAAUUUUAGCAGUAGCUACUAUAAGCAUUGUUUUUGUACGUGUAAAUUAUCGAAGAAAAGGUUAUACACAAUAA